CACAGACUGGAUAAAAAAGCCACGACUUUUGAUCGAGCAUCAGGCAGACUAGCUGUGGCUCCACCCGAUCAGACUCUCCGCCGCGCCUCUUAGCCCUCAUUGGUCAAAAGCGGCGCUCGGCGGCCCUGCGAUUGGCCAGACCGGCGGCCUGCCGCGUCCAAUGGGCGGCGGCGCCGGCUUUCCCGCGGCUGUUCGCUAUUCAAGUGGGUUGUGGAGGCGGCGGCGGCGGCGGUUGAGGAGUGAAACGGUCGCCCGGCUCCGGCGCGACGAUGGCAGCCUUGGGACCCGGAGGCUACGCGCGGAACGAUGCAGUCGAGAAGCUGCCAUCCGUCAUGGCGGGAGUUUCGGCGCGGAGGGGCCAGUCCUCCCCGCCCCCCGCUCCACCGCUCUGCCUCCGGCGGCGGACGCGACCUUUGGCGGCGCCCGAGGACACGGUGCAGAACCGGGUGUCACUGGAGAAGGUGCUUGGCAUCACAGCCCAGAACAGCAAUGGCCUAGCCUGUGACCCCAGCACAGGCCACGUGGCCUACCUGGCAGGCUGUGUGGUGGUGAUUUUGAACCCCAAGGAGAACAAGCAGCAGCACAUCUUUAAUACUGCCAGGAAGUCUCUGAGUGCUCUGGCCUUCUCCCCUGAUGGGAAGUACAUAGUGACAGGGGAGAACGGGCACAGGCCUGCCGUGCGCAUCUGGGACGUGGAUGAGAAGAGUCAGGUGGCAGAGAUGCUAGGCCACAAGUACGGCGUGGCCUGUGUGGCCUUCUCCCCCAAUAUGAAGCACAUCGUGUCCAUGGGCUACCAGCACGACAUGGUGCUCAACGUCUGGGACUGGAAGAAAGACAUUUUGGUGGCUUCCAACAAGGUAUCAUGCAGAGUCAUCGCCCUCUCUUUCUCAGAGGACAGCAGUUAUUUUGUCACUGUUGGGAACCGGCACGUGAGGUUUUGGUUCUUGGAAGUCGCCACUGAGGCAAAGGUGACAGGCACCGUGCCCCUCGUGGGGCGCUCAGGCAUCCUGGGUGAGCUGCACAACAACGUCUUCUGUGGUGUGGCUUGUGGCCAGGGCCAGAUGGCAGGCAGUACCUUCUGUGUGUCCUCCUCGGGCCUCCUCUGCCAGUUCAACGAGAAGAGGGUGCUGGAGAAGUGGAUCAACCUAAAGGUAUCCCUGUCUUCCUGCCUCUGUGUCAGCCAGGAGCUCAUCUUCUGUGGCUGCACAGAUGGGAUAGUCCGCAUCUUCCAGGCCCACAACCUGCACUACCUCGCCAACCUGCCCAAGCCGCACUACCUCGGGGUGGACGUGGCCCAGGGCCUGGAGCCCAGCUUCCUCUUCCGCAGGAAGGCAGAAGCAGUCUACCCAGAUACGGUGGCACUGACCUUCGACCCCAUCCACCAGCGGCUGUCCUGUGUGUAUAAGGACCACAGCAUCUACAUCUGGGAUGUCAAGGACAUCAACAAAGUAGGCAAGAUGUGGUCGGAGCUCUUCCACAGCUCCUACGUCUGGAACGUGGAGGUGUAUCCUGAGUUUGAAGAUCAAAGAGCUUGUCUGCCGUCAGGGUCUUUUCUGACUUGUUCCUCAGACAACACCAUCCGCUUCUGGAACAUGGAUAGCGGCCCUGACUCUCACUAUCAGAAAAACAUCUUCAGUAAUACCCUGCUGAAGGUAAUAUAUGUGGAGAAUGACAUCCAGCACCUGCAGGACACGGCACACUUCCCAGACCGGGGGAGCGAGAGCGGGGCACCUCUGGACGUGAAAGCCGGCGUGCGGGUCAUGCAGGUCAGUCCUGACGGCCAGCACUUGGCUUCAGGCGACCGAAGCGGAAAUCUGAGGAUCCACGAGCUGCACUUCAUGGAUGAGCUGGUCAAGGUGGAGGCCCACGAUGCUGAGGUGCUGUGCCUGGAGUACUCCAAGCCUGAGACGGGGCUGACCCUGCUGGCCUCAGCCAGUCGGGACCGACUGAUCCACGUGCUGAACGUGGAGAAGAACUACAACCUGGAGCAGACCCUGGAUGACCACUCCUCCUCCAUCACAGCCAUCAAGUUCGCCGGCAACAGAGACAUCCAGAUGAUCAGCUGUGGGGCAGACAAGAGCAUCUACUUUCGCAGUGCCCAGCAGACCUCAGAUGGACUACACUUUGUCCGUACCCACCAUGUGGCAGAGAAGACCACCUUGUAUGACAUGGACAUCGACAUCACCCAGAAGUACGUGGCUGUGGCCUGCCAGGACCGCAAUGUGAGGGUCUACAACACUGUGAACGGGAAGCAGAAGAAGUGCUAUAAGGGCUCCCAGGGUGACGAAGGGUCCCUGCUGAAGGUCCACGUGGACCCCUCGGGCACCUUCCUGGCCACAAGCUGCUCUGACAAAAGCAUCUCUGUGAUUGACUUUUACUCGGGCGAGUGUGUUGCCAAGAUGUUUGGCCAUUCAGAAAUCGUCACUGGCAUGAAGUUCACCUACGACUGUCGUCACUUGAUCACAGUGUCCGGAGACAGCUGCGUGUUCAUCUGGCACCUGGGCCCGGAGCUCACCAACUGCAUGAAGCAGCACUUGCUGGAGAUUGACCGCCGGGAGCAACAGCAGCAGAACAUGAAGGAUGGGACGUGGAGCAGCCACCCCAGGCAGGAGACCUAUGCGUCCAUGCCCAGCGAGCCUUGCUCCCUGAUCCCUGGAGAGCAGAUGGAGGAUGAGCUGGAAGAUGAGUGUGAACCUGAAGAGUUGCUGAAGACACCAUCCAAAGAGAGCUUGGAUUCAGAUCCUCAGUGCCUGCUGACCAACGGCAAGCUGCCACUCUGGGCAAAGCGGCUGCUAGGAGAUGACGAUGAUGUGGUGGAUGGCUCGGCCUUCCACGCCAGACGCAGCUACCAGCCGCAUGGCCGCUGGGCGGAGCGGGCUGACCAGGAGCCCCUCAAGACCAUCCUGGACGCCCGGGACCUGGGUUGCUACUUUACACCCAUGAAGCCGGAGAGCCUGGAGGACUCCCUUCUGGAUACAGUGGAGCUGCAGAGCCCGGCGGGCCUGCUGAGUGAGUCAGAGAGUCCCCGGGAGGAUGGCUGCGGGCAUCCUUCCUUCCUGCCCCUACAGAGGGAGUCCUCGGAGGCUAGUGAGCUCAUCGUCUGCUCCCUGGAGGCGGAGGUGACGGUCACGGGGAUGGACAGUGAGGACUGCGCGAAGGAGCGGUUGGGGGAGCCUGGAGACCAGCAAGGCGAAUCCUACCUCCAGGUCCCCUCCAUCUUCUCAAAGGAUCAGAGCCCACCUGAGGACUCGGGGGAGUCAGAGGCCGACUUGGAGUGCACCUUUGCUGCCAUCCACUCCUCCCCUCCACGGCCAGACCCCGACCCUCGAUUUGACGUGACCGUGCCCCCCACACCAGGAUGCCCAGGGACUGCAGAAGAGUUGUCCCAGCCCGAAGUGCCAAGCAUUUCCAACGGCUCCCUGCCCCAGACCCCUGAGCAGGAGAAAUUCCUCCGCCACCACUUCGAGACGCUUACUGACGCCCCCCCUGAGGAGCUCUUCCAUGGAUCCCUGAAGGACGUGAAGGCCUCUGAGGCCGAGGACUUCUUUAAUCCCCGCCUGAGCAUCUCGGCCCAGUUCCUCUCCCGCCUCCAGAACACAUCCAGGUUCACCCACCCCUGCCGUCCCCAGCUGCCCCUGCACCUCGGGAAGUCCCCGGAGGUCAAACCCACAGACCUCAGGGGGAGCCAGCCCAGAGCAGAGCCCCUGAGAGUGGGUUCUGGUUACGCCUCACCAGGCAGGACCAGCGUCCUUUCUGGGGGGAAGGCUGAGGAGCCCCUCGAGACCCUGGAGGCCUGGUGCCCACUGACCCCCUGCCUCACGGGCCUGCCGCCUUGUGUCCCCUCCUCCUCAGUGCUGCCCACAGACAGGAAGCCUCCGACACCCACAGCCCUACCCACUCCAGGCCUGGCUCAGGCUCUCGACAUCCCCCCCACCCACUCCUAUAUGCAGGCCACUGCCAGCGCCCGUGCCAAGAUGUCACGUAGCGUCUCCCUCGAGGACAGUGAGAGCCCUGUCCUGGCUGAGCUGGCCAGGCCCCUCCACAGGCCCUCGUCCAUGGGGGAGCUGGUCUCCCUGGGCCAGGAGCUCCAGGCCAUCACCACGGCCGCACCCAGUUCUGACAGUGAGGGCCAAGCGCCUGCCCUGCCCUCCUGGGGCAACCACGAGGCCCGGGCCAGCCUGAAACUGACCUUGUCGAGCGUCUGUGACAGGCUCUUGCUGCCUCCACCCCUGCUGGAGCCGCCCACCACGUGUGUCUGGUCCCAGGAGCCUGUGGCCACCCAGCCCGAUGUCACUGUCACGACAGCCAGCUUCCUGGCCCCCAGCCCCAGGGAUGGGAGCGCCCUGAGGCUCCACAACUCUACCUUUCUCCCAAGGCUUCUGGCCCCUGAGCCCAUCAACACCCCUGCCCUCCCCAACAGUCCCCCACUUCCAGAGGCCAGGCCUGAGGCCUCUGGCAGCAUCACCUCCCUCGUGGAGCCCACCCCUGAUGCGCUCGGUCUACUUCAGGGCAGCGCUGGACACUGGGGGGAGCCCGGGGUGCCAGCUCCCCUUGAGCUGAGCAGUGUGGGGACCAUUGUGCACAGACUGCAGACUACCUUCCAAGAAGCCCUGGACCUUUACCACCUGAUGGUCUCCAGUGACCAGGUGAGCCCCGAGCAGCAGCAGGCACGGACCGAGCUGGCCUCUACCUUCCACUGGAUCCACAGCCAGUUAGAGGCCAACGACUGGCUGGUUGGGAGCGAUGUGGCCCCAGACCAGGCCCUGCCCAGCCCAGGUACCCCCUCGCCACCGACACUGUGCCCCCUGGCCGGCCCAGACUUGCGUGCCCUGCUGGAACACUACUCGGAGCUGCUGGUGCAGGCCGUGCGGAGGAAGGCACGGGGGGACUGAGUGCCAGCAGCCCUUCCACCACAGCCCUGCUACUUCUGAAGAAAUCGGUAUUUUAAGCAA